AUGGCGCCUGUGAAGCCGGCCGCACGGUGGAGGAGGAUGGGGCCUUUUGGGACGCAUGGCGAAGAAGUUUCUCCAAUCGGGUCCAGGAAUAAAAAAGUAAAACAGAGGACGUGGCGACCUAACCAUGUGCAGGCCUUCGUGGGGAGCAUUUGUGAGGGGCAAGGCUUUGCAUUUCGAAGAAAAUUGAAGAUUCAGCAAAAUUAUAAGAAAUUACUAUGGAGGGAAAAGAAAGCUCAAACUGCACAGGAAUCCCAGUUCACAGACUGAUACCCUGAUCAUUUGAAGCAUCUCUAUUUAGCAGAAGAAAAAAGACUCAGGAAGCAAGUAAGAAAAGUUGACCAGUCUAGGUCAGAACAAAUUAAUCAAACACUGCCAGAAGAACAGUGUAGCUUUGAUCAGACUUUGUCUGAAGAGCACUGUAGCACUGACCAACCUCAGCCUGAAGAAAAGCGUAAGGAAAAAGUAAACUUCAUUACUAUUCCAAAGAAAAAUAAAAAGAAAACAUCAACUCAGAAAGCACAAGAAGAAUAUGAACAGGUACAAGCUAAACAUGCUGCUAAGAAACAAGAAUUUGAGAAAAGAAAAAAAGAGAGAGAAGAGGCUCAAAGGCUGUACAAAAAGAAGAAAAUGGAAAUGUUCAAAAUAUUGAGCAAAAAGACUAAAAAGGGCCAACCAAACUUGAAUUUACAAAUGAAGUAUCUUCUUAAAAAAAUUCAGGAAAAAAAUUAAAUCAGUUGUUUUUUUCUUAGUGAUGGGUUAAAAUACCUUCUGUUGUGUA